CAGUUAUUGAAUACUGAAUGUUCCCUUCAUGUUACUUUUUUGAAAAAUCCGGAUGGGUUAUCGCGCUACGAUUUAUAUUAUCCAUCAUUAUGUCACAACUCUUUUUUUUGUGAAUGAAAUUAUGUGGAAAAAUAAAUGUUAAAUAACACAAACCCUUUUUGUAUGGAAAUUACUCAAGACAACAUAACCCCACCACCAUCACCACCACCACCCGACGAAGACACGAAGUGAUUACUCGAAAGUGAAAAGAAAAAUCUGAUAAUUGACAGUUGGUGCCACCUCCCCCCUUCCCCUUUACACUGCAUCCCCCUUGUACUCCAACCAUUCAUCCAUCCACCUACUCAGUCAGUCUUCGUUUCACCAAUGAAUAAGGCUUGUUUAUCUAAUCGAUAUAAACAGAAAAUAAUAAAACAAGCUUUAAAUGCUAAUUUUAUACUUCUCUAUCAACCAGCACCGAAUUCCUUUAUUAUAAUACAAAAAUCUGAUCAUCACAUUCCUGGGGAUCAUGAGAUAACAGAAAAUGAAGAACCCACUACAACAUCAUCUUUGAUCAAUCGUUGUUCUUGUAAUCUACAUGACAAGCAUAACUGUCGUCCACAUCGACGAGAACCACCACCACCACCACAACAACAACAGCAACAGCUGCAGGGUGUUGUUCUACGUCAACGUUAUCGUGUUGUGAUUGGACCACAAAUAUGUAAUUGUCAAAAUGAAUUUAUGCCUGAAUCAGGAUUAAUGACGACGACCACAACGAUGAUGAUGACGAAAGAGCCAUGUAUUCAUUUAUUAUUUGUUAUGUUGCAUAUUCUUAAAAUACCUAGUGAUGAUAUACACUUAAUGGUAAUACCAUUGCCAAGUUCUAAAGCUGAAUUUUGGAUUGAAAAUUAUCGAAAUUAUCGUCAGUCAAUUCGACAAUCCUACACAAAAAAUAAAAAGUACUCGUCAACAUCACUAUCAACAUCCUUAUCAUCGAAUACGGCGAAGAGUAAUGCGAAUUCACCAGAAUUAUCUAAAUUCUCAGAGAAAUUAUUAUUAUUAAAUAAUACUACUAGUAAUAAUGAAGCAGUAUCCAAUACACGUUUAAUUAUUCCUCAACCUAUUCGUCAUGAACAAAGUCAACACCACCAGCAACAACAACAACAACAGGCCAAUAAUAAUUUAUCUCAUUUACGCGCUAUUAUCCAUCCAAAUACUUUUGAUUCUACAGAAUUAUCCUCAAUUACACAAGACAUUAUCCCGGUGUCUAGAAGAGAAGUUGAAAGCUCUACUGGUAGCGGUGGCAGUGGUCUUGGCAGUACAUGUUGUGAUCCAAGUACUACUUCAUAUAAUACAACAGUAACAUCAAGAACCAGUUCUAUUGAUAGUAUAGAAAGUUAUAAAUUAGAUUCAUCUAAUAGUCGAGUAAAUGACUUCCAUCAUCCCCUUCCUCCCCCUCACCAUCAUCACCAGUAUCAUCAUCGUCCGCAUCUUCCACAUCAUCAUCAUCCACAUCAACAUGACCAUCGUCAGCAUCAAAAUUAUCAAAUGAAAACAGCCACUUCUAUAAAUUCGGAUAGAAGUCUAUCGUGUAGACGACCACGUACUGCACCACAACCUGAACUACCACCGAGGCUAGGUCGUACAAGAACUAAAUUUGUCAGGCAUUCCGCGUCGUCGACAACAUUUUGUCCAUUACGUGAUUGCAGUCCUAUGAUACUACGUGAAGGCUGUUUAACUCCGAUUGAAUCGGAGGAGAAUAGUACAAAUAACAGUUUAAAGCAUAGAACAACAACAUCAACAACAACAUCAACAACAACAGCAUCUACUACUAACAAUAAUAAUAAUAACAAUAUCAGUAGUAUAAUGACUUACUCAGAUAAUUAUGAUAAAUUACAAGAACCAUUAACAACUAAUACAAUGUCUAUAAGUAUGCAAUUCAAAUUUAAUCAAUCUCUAUCAAUGUCAUCCCCAGCAGGAUCAUCAUCAUCACCUUCAACAGCAUCAGGAACAACAACAACAAUGGAAUUAAUUUCUAAUUCAACGUCAAAAUCAAAUUUUACCCAUGCUAGACGUUCAUCAUUUAAACCAAUUACUUCAGUAAAACAAAAACCUUCUACAACAUUGAUCAAUAAUAACAAUCAAACACCAUUGGUUAUAAGUAGUAAUACUACUAUUACUACUACCAAUAAUAAUAACAAUAAUGUUAAUAUUAAUGGAAAUAUAAAUAAUCCUAAGCCAUAUAUUCCUUCAACUGGUCAACAGACAAAUACAAUUAAUAAUAAUAAUAAUAAUACAUCGACAGUAAAUGAAACUACAACUACUAAUGCUACUACUGCUACCAUGACAACGACUCGAAUAUGUACUUUAUGCUUACGUGAAUGUCAUAAUAAGAAUAAUAGUAAUAAUGUCCAUAAUACUGGGAAUCAGCUUGUGUAUGAUGGAGACAAUAGUAAUACUAAUAACAUUGUGAUAAAUGAUUCUAUAUUAGUUUGUGAAUCGAUUCUUUCAGAUUACGAAGAUGAUGACAAUAAUAAUAAUAACAGUUUAAAUGGAGAAAAAUCAAUCUGUGGAGCUGUAUUUCAUACAAGCUGUUGCAAAAUAUGGUUAGAAGAAAUUCAAAGUGAUGGUGAUUUGCCUCAAUGUCCAGUAUGCGGUUGUGUAUGGAUAGAAUUACCAAAUUUUGAUAUCCAUCUCACCACCGUCAAUGGAAAUGUUAAUACCAACAUCAACAAUAAUAAUACUGAUGAUCAAGUAACUGAGAUGAAUGAUUUCGUGGGGGAUCCAAAUGACACUAAAAUGAUUUCCUCAGCUUCAUCGUCCUCGUCCUCUUCCUCCUCCCCCUCUUCUUCUUCUUCGGAACAAAUUGAAGUUGGUGAACAACAACACCAACAAGAACAACGGUUGACUAAAACUCACCAGCGUGGUGCUGAUAAUAACGAUGAUGCUGUUGGCGAUGGUGAUUUUGAUGUUGACAAUGUUGGCGGCGGCGUCAGAGACGAUGAUGAUGAUGAUGAUGAUGGUGAUGGUGAUAAUAGUAACACUGACAGUUUUCUACCUUCUCAUCAGUCACAUCGAAGACAAUCGACCACUAAUCAGCGUAAACAGGAACACCACGACCACGACCACCACCAACAACAACAGCAGAAACAAUCAUCAAAUGAGACGCCAUGCUCCUCAAUUCUCAAUCAAUCAAUGAAAAAUACACAAGCUAUAGAUUCAAUAGAUUUAAAUGGGAAUAUAACAAUGAUGAAUAGUGUGCUAUCUAAUCCACCAUUUUCUGAAUAUAAUAGUUGUAUCUCAGCUUUCUCAUUAGAAAUUGCUAAUGCAUUAGUCUCUUAUGAUUGGACAAUUAGACAAUAUGCCUUACAACAAACAACUCAUUUAACAAUCCGUCAAGUUCUAUUAGCUCGUCAAUGUCAUUUACACUCGGAUCAUUCUAAUCUUGUCUGUUCAAUUAAUUCUACUACUAAUAAUAACAAUAGUGAUAAUCAACAUGGUGCUGGGGUUGGUGUUGAUGUUAAUGAUCCCAAUUGUGGGUGCUGUUGUUGUUGUUGUUGCGCUAUUGGCGGUGAUGCUGUUGAUGAUUCCUCACAAUCCUCAUCAAGUAAAAAUCAUCGUCAUCAUCAUGAUCAUCAACGUCAUCAUGGAAUGUAUACAGGACCUGAUUGUGUACGUAUCAUGUUUAAAUUAAUUCAGCAUAUGUUAGAUGAUCCAAUUGAUGCGAUAUUCACUGAUGCCCUGAGAGCUUUCCGUGAAUUACUCGGAUACCUAGUUUGUUAUAAUAAAGAAACACAAUCAGCUUUACAAAAAGCUAUCGGUCCAAUUCUACGCCGAUUACUGCGGUUUGUCGGUGGAUCAAGUAACCUGUGGAGUUUACGUAGUCCAGAAUCCCUAAUAAUCCAUGUAAAUAAUCCGCCUAUUCCCCCUAUGUCACUGCAUCAAGACGAUGAGAAUAAAACAAUCAAAUUAUCGCAUAAAGAAAUGAAAAAGUUUAAUCAUCACAUCACUUCACAAUCAAUCAAUAAUAAGCCGCCAGUGGAAACGCCAGGGUUAAUGAAUAAUGAAUUAGAUAUUCUACAGACAAAAUCUCAUUUAUCCCUACAUCCACCUCCUCUUAGUACUGCAACUGUUGCUGCUGCCGCACCUAUUACUGUUCCUGCUCCUCCUCCUCCUGCUCCCGCUAAUUUUCGUGAUCGUUCCAAUUUAGCCUUAGCUACAUUGAUUGAAUUAGCUAAAGGUCAAUCAGGGGCUUUAGCACUUGGUCGAGAAGUUCAUUGUGCUUCUCAAUGUUUACCUAUCAGUGGUAUACAGCAUAUGGUUCGCUUUGUAUUAAGUUCAGCAAAAUUUCAUGCUACCCAUUUAAUUGGUCGUUUAACAAUUGUGGAUAAAUUAAUUCGUAUGCAUCAAACAAACAUACAACAAUUAUCGAUCGAACAACAACAACCACACACAACUACAGGGAGUAAAUCAUUCCAAUCGAAUGAAGCCAUUAACACUGGCUGCCACAACUCCACCAACAACACUGUUGAUAUCAUUUCAGGAGAAAAAGUAUCCGUUCAAGGUGGUGGUGGUGGUGGUGUCGGAGGUUGCGGGGAAACACCAUCAUCACCGAUUUCAUCUCCUCCUCCCCCAUUGUUAUCCUCGUCAUCAACAACAACGACAAGAACAACAGCGAUGAAUGAUCAAUCACUGGCUAGACGGCAUUUAUGCUCUACAAUUGUCUUUGCUAGACGUCAUCUCCUCCCGAUCUAUCCGAAACCGGAUAAUAUGACAAUGUGUUUCCCGUAUCAUUAUCAGCUACAGGCGACUACUGGUGGUGUUACACAUGCUGCUAAUGAGAAUAAUAGUAAUAAUAAUAAUAAUAAUAACAGCUUUCUAUUCAAAUCUUCACUGGGGUCAGGAUCGACGGCAGGAGGAGGAACGGCAGCGGUAGCUGUGGCGACGUUGACUGGAACACCGACGACGACAACAGCGGCAUUAAGUCAACCAAAUGGAUUGAGUAUCAUAAAUUACUUUCAUCAUACACAGUAUAAAGCCAACCGUAUAGCUAGACGUGUAUUCCUUACAGCUUGUAGAGCUUUACUUACCUGGCGUAAUGAAGAGCCAGUCAGCGAUCAUUGUGAUCCAAUUCCACCGUCUACAUUCAAUGCAAACACAUUUAUUGAAUCUGAGAUUAAUCGAUUAGAUGCACCAUUAGCUACAUGGUUUAGAAAUCGUCUAUGCUUAUUACUUUAUCCAAAUGAUACAACAGGGAAUAAUAUGCUUCGAGGUGUUGAUCAGCAUUCUUCAAUGAUUAAAUCCCUGGUAUCAUCAACAUCAUCACCGUCGACUAGUCAAUGUGUUGUUAUCCCAUCGUCGAGAAGUUAUAAUGCUGCACUGACUUCUUCACCCUCGGCGAACAGUAUUACUCAAAAUCAAAACAAUAAUGAUAGUAAUAAUAAUGAUAAUAGUAAGAGUAAACAUAAAUAUUCAUCAAGUCAAUCACAGCACCAACAACAGAAACAAUGUACCAACAUCACCCUUCAUAAUUCCUCAACAUCAUCUUCGCCUAUCGCCUCAUCUAUUCCACUGAAAUUGCCUCCAAUACCACCGCCAAGACGAGUGACAAUCAAUAACUUUGAACUAAACGAUAAUAAUAAUAAUAAUAAUAAAAAGGAUCUAGUCAAAUAUGAUCCAGUCAGGCAGCACAAUGAACAACGUGAUCAAAAUCCCGUUGAUAACACCUGUGAUAAUAAUAAUAAUAUCGAUGAUAAGAAUGCAAAAAAGAUUAAAUCUCAAAUAUUGAACUCAUCUUUUGUACGUAUUGCUCUAGAACCAGCCUAUGAUUUAGUUGCUCUAUCUGAGUCUGGUAAUUACAGUAGUGCAAGUGAAUUCGAAGAUGAAGAUGAGGAUGAUGCUGAGGACGACGACGACGACGAGGAGGAGGAGGAGGUGGGCGACGUCGACGUCGAUGAUGAAGCCAACUUGGUGGAUAUAGAUGAUGUUGACGGUGAUGCAAAGCCUAUUAAUAAAAAGAGAAGUCGAAAGAAGGAGAAGAAUAAUCCUAGUGAACCUAUUUACACCGGACGAUCCCUUGGUUCCGAAGCGGAUUUACAAUGUGAACAAGUUACAGUGUUGAGAAAUGCGUUGACCCGUUCGACAAAUCAAUUAAAACCUUUAUUACCUAUACCAGGAUUAUCAUUUGUGAUGAAUUCAUUUCAAAGCACUAAAAAAUUGCCAACUUCAGAUGAAUAUUAUGAAUCUGUUGAUUGGAUACGUGGUCCUAUUCUAGGCCAUGGUGCAUUCUCUCAAUGUUAUCAAGCACGUGAUGUUAGAACUGGUCUCCUACUGGCUGUGAAACGGAUACGUCUUGGUCGAAAUUCUCUCUUUUCACUUUAUUCAUCCGAUAAGAAAAAAGCGCAUCAAUCACAACUUCAAUCAAUUAUCAAUAAUGAGGUAGAGAAUCAAAAUAAUAAAAAUCCUUCACGUCCCUUAUCACCAACAUCGUUGAAUCAAUUAACUGAAGUUGAAACUGAAGUACGCAUUAUGCUGCAAUUAGAUCAUCCAAAUGUUCUUCGAUUAUUCGGUGCUGUUCAUUGUGUUAAACGUGGUUUUGUGGAUUUAUUUAUUGAAUGGAUGCCAGGUGGAAGUAUUACCAGCUUGUUGCAACAAUAUGGUGCAUUCAAUGAAUCAAUUACAUGUAAUUAUGGUAUCCAGUUGAUACGUGGUCUGGCUUAUCUACAUAAACAUGGAAUAUUACAUAGAGAUUUAAAAGGUGCCAAUCUAUUAAUCGACAGUACUGGAGCUGUAAUCAAGAUAUCAGAUUUUGGUGCUUCAGCACGUCUAAGCGGUGAACAAAGUGUUGCUGGUCAAUUUCAAGGCCAAGUUAUUGGUACAUUUUCAUUUAUGGCACCAGAAGUACUUCGUGGUGAAACCUACGGUAGAGCUUGUGAUAUCUGGUCGGUUGGAUGUUGUCUAAUAGAAAUGUUGACGAGUAAACCUCCAUGGCAUGAUGCUAGACUGACGAAUCGUUAUGCUCUAAUGUAUACUAUCGCUACAUCAAAUUCCCCGCCAACAUAUCCUGAAGGUCUAUCCACCGGGCUUAUAUCAGUUCUAGAUGCAUGUUUUGCUCGUAAUCCAACUGAUCGUCCAACAGCUAGUCAAUUACUAACCUUUAAGAUAUUUGCUGAUCUUAUUAGUCAACAAGUGGUGACUUCAUCGAUAGAUGAAGGGAAGACGCAACAAUCGCCACUGCCACAACCACCACAACCCCUCGCUCAACCUCAACCUGUACAGAAACAAAAAGAACAAGCAUCAUUACAAUCGUUGACUUCAUCUUCAUCUCUAAAGACUGUCACUGCAUUGAAUACAAGUAAAAAUCGUGAUCAAAAAACAUUAAAGACUGAAAUGAACACAACAAAAUUAAAUACAAAAUCAUUGUCAUCAUCAUUUAGUUAUCAACGUUUUUUAAAAACAUUCCAAUCGAAUAAAAAUUCUCCUUCUUUAAGUCGUAAAAAAGUUAUUCGACUUCAAGAAGUACUUCAAGAAAGUAAAGAAGAAUAUCAGCGAAGACAACAACAGCAACCUCAAGAGGAUAUGAUGAUGAUGAUGUUGAUUACUUCACCAUCGGAUGAGAAUAUAAAAUGCUCUCGUCAACUAUCGGAUCAUCAUCAACAUAUUCAACACCAGUCUCAACACCUGCCUCAACACCAACAACACCAGUCUCAACAACAACAGCAACAACAAUCCAAUCAACACGUUGAUGAUACUAUCCUGUUGACUAGACGACAAAAAUUUCGACGACCAACUUUACCUGGUAUCAGUUUUCAUAGAAAAUAUCGUUCACGUACACCGGUGGCUAUUUCAUUUAAUUAAAACCAAAAUUCUUCAUUAUUCUGGUGAUGCAAUCUUCGCACACACACACAUAGGUACGCAUCCAAUUUCAUUCCCCCACCAAAGGAGAGAGGAGUAUUCAAAUUGCCGAACAAAAGCCAAAGCGAAUUGAUUAGAUAAUAAACAGAGUAAUAUCUGUCUCUUCCUAGUUUGGAACUAAUCGGCAGUAUGCACCCAAAACCAUCCGCUUACAAGGCAACCUCGUAGACCAUUCAACCACUGGGAUCCGUCUCAAUGGCCAGUCCAUAAAUAUCUUAACUUCUACCAACUCGUUGUAUCUUAGCAUGACUGGCGCUAGAUUAUGUCAUCGUUGUUGAGUAUUUGUCCACACUGUCAACCACGUGGCCUCCACUAGUCAUAACUUUUGACUGGAACUCCAGACAACUUCUUUCCAAGGUGUGCUGCUGUGAAUAGUUCCAAACAGGUGGAAUCCUCCAAGUUGCACACUUCGUCCUACUUAAGAUUCAUCAGGUGUGGGGAUUCCUUGAAUAACAAGAUCGACGAUAUUUUUAUUUCUCGGUGUCUGCAUUUUUUCUAUCGUCGUCUUCUUCUUUGCCUCGUCAUGUUUUUUUGAUGAAUUUUUAAUUGAUACUGGUGAAUUUUUGAUAAUAUUUCUAUUAUUAUUACUAUUAUUAAUAGUAUUUGUUUAAAUGAAGCAUUUUUGUGUGUGGCGCGCAUUUCAACUUUUGUCUCGUUCUUCUUAUAUUGAUUGGAGUAGCAAUUUUGCUAUUUUUUGCUAUUUUUUUCGUCUAGGUUAUUAUUAGUAUUAUUAUUUGUAUAUUAUUUAUUUAUAAGACCGCUUUUUUGUUGAAGGUUAGUAGUCAAUUUUAAUCUUUUUGACAGGCAUUUCACUUUAUGAACUCAUUCGUUCAAUAAACCAAUCAAUAAUCUGUAUCGAUUGAUUAUCGACCACUCAUAAUUUUGAAAUCUAUUUAUUCCACUUGUAUGAUAUUUUACUCUAUUUCGGCUGUUUGACGCCUGUGAAAGACAGUACAGUUUGGCGGGUUCGUUGACGGUAGGAUAGCCAGGGGUUAGGGGGAGCAUUUCAAUUCCUUUUUUUCUUAUCCCACACAUGUCAAUGUUUGAGCAUGUUUCCAAGACAAAGAAUGUGUGUGUGUGCGUGUGUGCGUAGUGUUUUUUUUUACUCAAAGAAUUUGUUUUUUAAAUUCUUAUUUGUAAAUAAACUAUCUCUUCUUGUGUUAUCAUAUCUUCCUUUUGUGUAAAAAUAGAUUUUGUUAUUGAGCUUUUUGUGUCACUUCUAGGUAGAGGUGUGUUACUGGUGUUCCAACAACUGAAAGCUACUCAACUCAACAUUUUUUUUUCAAAAUUGAAUUAGGAUUAUUCAUGUUAUUUUAUCACUAUUAUUGCCAUUAAUAUUAUUUAUUAUGAGCUAUUUCUUUUCGUAUUAAUAAGCUUUUACUAUUAUUAUUAUUAUUACUACUACUAAUACUACUUAAAUAACUUGUGAUAAGUAGUCUAAUGUUUGUGUGUGUAUGUGUUUGGCGUCUUUUUAUGUAUGUCCAUUUCUUACCGGUUUGUUUAUCGAUUUUUAAAGUUUUGUAUAAAUUUUUUUUCUCUGCUAACUAUCAGUUUCUGUUUUUUAGGAAAAUUCAUGUGACUGUUUAUAUUUUGUUAGAAAUCAAUCAAGAAUAUAUAUUCAAAAAAAA